CAGCAACCUACACAAUGGACACGUAGGCAUUUUAAAGAUGAUAUAGAAUUACUCGAACUCGAAAGUUAUAUCAACUCAACAGGCCAGGUACCGUUUGAAGAUGGACAAAAGGCACUCGAUAAGCUGUCAACGAUUCGAGUUCCAGUUGCCUUAUUAGUGCUGAAUGGUGAUUUAGACACCUUAGAACAUGUUUUGAGAGCAAUAUACAGUGAUAUGUCAGUAGUGGUUGUAAAAGGAACUGGGGGAGCUGCAGACCUCAUUGCGUUAUGCUUAAAGGACUUUGCAAACCUAAAGAGAGAACUACCAAUAAUGUUUGCUAGACGUUUCACCAAAUCACUUUUUAACAAGAUACAGGAAGUCAUCAAAUUGAUCGUUCAAAGGGAAUGGAUGAUUUCAGUGUUUGACAUUAAAAUAGAUGAACAUGACACGUUAUGGGAACGAAUUACUGAUGGAAUGUUACGAGCAUGGUCGUUUGAAGAAAAGCACGAUGAAGAAAUCUUGAAAACGCAAUAUCUUCCUUUGAAUGAAGGAGUAUAUAUUUCGGAGUAUGUUGCUGACCUUGCUUGUCUUACCAGAAGAGAGCUGUUUGCAGGUUACAAUUCAAAAACUGAAUGGACACAGGAAAAUAAACAAGUUUGUACAACUUCAAGAUCUUUAAGAAUCUCUUAG